UACAGUACGUAGUGUGAUUAAUCCAGCUUUACAGUAAGCUUUUGAAAUGUCCCCAUGUGUUGUGAGAUUCUUUACAGUCCUGAUACUGCAUAGCGUGUCAUCUGAACUCCCCAAAAAUGGUAGUCGACCUGAAAGAGAGUACAGAUGUAAGGAUGAAGACUGGUCAAAGGAUGAUAUAGUGUGUCCACGUGAGACGUGUUCCUGGCGGAGUGAGAGCACCUGGUGUUAUCCCGGUACCUGCACAGAGGAGUACACCAGUAACUGUGUCUGCUCCAGUGGUUUCACAGGAAGACUCUGCCAGACAAUGAAGUCACGGCCUUCAAUAUUGUACAACCACCUUAAACUGACGGCUGACAAUGACAUUGAAGCACCGGCAGACGUCAACAACGGUCCACCUCAAAAUAGAACAUGGUCAAACAUUGCGUGCCCGUCUAGCGUUCACUACAAGUUUACUACUGUGCAAGAAUCCGAAACUAACACUGCAAGUGAUCCGACAUCUAAUCCUGUGCGCCAAAAGAAUACCCCAAGGGUCCCGCCACCACACCCUUUCAUUGAGCAUUUCGAGGUGGGCAUAGUCAAUGCUUCGGCGAAGUUCAGACUUUUAAGAGAAACGAAGACUAUUGAAGGUGGAGUUAAGAAAAUAGUCCUCACAACAGAAUUUAAGUGUACGGGGCGACCAUGUCCUUGUACCGGCAUAGCUGCUGUGUGCCAAGACAACCCUGCAGACAUCAGCCGCGAUAGAGGUACAGUUACAGGAAAAGCGAAGGCUUCCGGGUGUGGUCGCCCAAGUAGAGACAACCCAGACACAGAUGUGUACACGUGUGAAGGCAGCAAGUCAGGGGAGGAAGUAUUCCCUUCACAACUGCCCUUCAAGCACCGCGAUAUUAUUCAGUUUUCCUACUUAGCCAGUAAUGGAGGGUAUGUUGACGUACGGAAUAACGAGACUGACACACUAGCGCGCCAUUAUUACAGUGGUGCCACACAGAACCACACCUUUAAUGUCACCAUAGACCUGAUGGCUCCCUCUCAUUGUACUGGUAGUACUGCCUGUGUUGGCAGCAUGCUGACUGCUCCCAAUGUUAUUACAACUCCCACUGUGAACCUCCGCUGGAGUGGCUGGACAGAUGCUGAUUCAGGCAUUGACUACUUUGUGAGGGACGUGUAUGAACUCAAUGCGGAUUCUGAUGUACUCACAGAAAGAACUGAUGUAGUUAAUAGUCGGACUUUCAACAUCUCUACAUCAUCUGAAAACUACACGCUACCUCGUGAUGGCGUCUACGCAGUCGUGCUAACCGUCCAUGACAAGGCAGGUAAUCACAGAAGUGCCAGACGGAUCCUGAUGUAUGAUGGUACGUCAAAUGUAACAGCCGAAGAGGACGUCGACAGGCAACUUCGGGUGACGACUGCAACAUCAUCUGGCUGGCAGACAACAUCAUCAGCGGUGACAGUAGACUGGACGAACAGAUACGUCAACAAAAAUCACGAUCUUAACCAUUGGCUCAAUCAGGUUGCCAACGUGAGUGACAUAAAACACUCUUAUGAUGACAACGAAGGCGACAGAACAGUUGCCGCAAUCGAUAAUGUUCAAGGUAUUACUCGCAUCCUAACUUUUUACAAAAUCGAUCACAAUGGUGGAUCAACUAUCACGAGUGUUCCAUCCGAUGACUUGUUCGUCAGUCAAGGCCUGAGUCAGUCACAAACUAUAACACCCUCACUUGUGGAUGGGGACACUGUACGCUUCUGGGUGCGAGCCUAUGACAUCAAGUCGGACUUGAAAGAAGAGUAUGUGACAGUCCAUAUCGACACAUCGCCUCCAGUCAUAGAGAACCUGUGGCUCACCAGAGGCGACAGACUCAACAUCAGUGUUCAUGGAGCAAAGAACCUCACAGAUGUUACGAUAGAGUGGGUAGCCUAUGAUGAGCACAGCGGCGUGGAGACAGUAUCCUGGAGAAUUGUGGAUAGGAACCAGGAUAUCGUACAUGGAAUAGGCCACAUCAAAGCACAAGGAGAAGCCUGGACAAUUGAGGAAUGCAACACUAUGUACGAAAACAUUGCACGAGGGCCUAGCUGCUACUGUACCCCCUCCACCGGGUGCUAUCACCGUCACUUCCAGGUUCAAACUGCGAUGGUAGACAGCAACUCAUCUUCUCAUGGGGGAAUAUUCGAUGACAGAGACAUGGGAGUUCAUGAUUCUGACUAUCAUCUGGAGGUCACUGUAACCAAUUGGGCAAAUCUAACCAGCAAAAUGGACUUGAAGGUGACGAUAGACGUCAGUCCCCCUCAUCCUGGUGCUGUCCACGAUGGUCGGUCUGGAAACCCGGAAGUGGACUACCAGGACAGUCUACAACUCCAUGCCCACUGGGACGGGUUCUUUGACAGAGAGAGUGGGGUCAAAUUCUAUCAGUACAUAUUUGGCUUUCAUUGCCACAGAGCUGAUGUUUUUGACCUAGAUGCUCCUUCACAACAGGUCACUGAAACCUAUUCCACAUCCGCCUCCUGGACAGCGCCCUCUGUCGGCAAGUAUCACGUGACAGUGGUGGCCUACAACCGAGCACUGGAAGCAUCCGACCCUGUGUGUUCUGACGGAGUGACUGUAGACACAACCCCACCCAGUGUGAGUGAGGUGGCAGUGAGGGACUCCAGAGUGGCGGAGGGCUUGGUCAAGUCUUCAGAUAAUGAUGUGUGGUUCAUUGACGCCCACAGAAGACGUACCCUAUUGGUCACUCCCGAUAACAGUUGCAGUUCCAAGGCCACGCCAGUAGAUAACCAGAGUCUUUCCCUGUUUCCAAUACAUCGUCACAACAACGGAAGUGGGAUGCAGAUGCACAACGAUGAGUGUGGAUCCCUCGUCGCCUUGUCUGUCACCUUCAUCAAGUCACUGUACGUCUACAAAGAGCAUCACCUAUUUGUAAACUGGACUGGCAGUGACACAGAGAGUGGAAUCUAUGACUACGAGCUGGGGUUGAUGUCAGAUCCUUCUGGUGAAGCAGCUCCAGAUAUCCUGCCCUACACGUCCACUCAUCAUCAUCCUCAGUAUCAGGGCUACCAUCCUCGUCUCAGUGAGGGGCAACAGUUCUACAUAGCCAUCAAGGCAAUCAACAAAGCUGGUGCCUCAGCAUCAAAAGUUGUGGGUCCUGUAACUGUUCAUACCUUCUACCCUGGAUUUUCUGGAUCGAUCAGUGUCAUGUUGAAAAGUAACGUUCUGGUUGCACGUUGGAAUAAGGCCUUCACAGAUCCGGAGCUAUUAUAUCUCAAAUACGAGGUGUCAGUGAAGGGGCAGUCGACACUCAUCCCCUUCACGGCGCUGCAGUCGGGAGGAGGCUGUACACUGACGUCUCCACCCACGUGUACAGCUGUAGCCCUCACAGACCUCCACUGGGAUCUCCACCACAGCCACACCUACUUUGUGUCAGUCAGAGUCACCAACAUAGUAGGGCUGUCCACAGUGGCAGUGUCUGAACCCUACGUCCACGACGUAUUGCUGCCUUCACGUGGUGUAGUAGAAGACGUUAUUCCAUCUGGAGAAGAAUCCUUGUUUGAAACAAGUACUAUUGAGGACACAGACCAGCAAAUCUCAACAAGUUCCAUAAGGGCCAGGUGGUAUGGAUUCGACGGUGGGCUUGAAACUGUAACAUACAAAGUCGGGAUUGGAUCUCAACCUCGUGCAUCAGAUGUCAAGAGUCUACUGGACGUUGGCAAUGUCUUACAACAUGAGUUUACUGGCCUACAUUUGCACGAAAAUCAGAAGUAUUUUGUGACUGUCGUGGCGGCUACUGGUGGAGGAGAGAUGACGGUAUCCUCUGACGGUGUGACGAUUAUCAGGCCAGACGUUGAUGUCACAGAUAUCACUAUCAGAGACGGGCCAGGAUGCGGUGAUUCUGACCAAGGUCCUGAUGUUACUGCAAGGAACAUGAAGGAUUGUACUCGUGAUUUGGAAUUCCAAAUUUCUACCUCAACAUAUGCGGCCCACUGGAACAGGAGCACCAGCAGUAGCCUGAACUAUCCGGAUGUACACUGGGGGUUUCAAAUAUUACUACCCAAAUCAGCAGAAAUCUGGAACACCUGGAGAGAUUUCGAGCCUCUUGGGUCCUCUGAGAGACUCGUGGUUGGUGAUUUAUCUCUGGAAGCAGGACGUACCUUCAGGGCUGCAGUCAAGUUCUGUGCUGGUAAAGUCUGUACUAAGCCUAUCCACAGUGACGGUGUGACUGUCCUACCGCAUCCUCCAGCAGCUGGAAGCAUGUCACUGACAUACGAGGAAUCUGUAGGGGGAAAGGCACAGAUCCAGGUGACAAUGACUCGGUUCCGUGAUCCUGAUAUACCGGUUGUAUCUGAAGCCUAUGACGUCAUGGACAGAUACGAGUGGGGACUCACAGACAACAGUCACAACAGCAGCAUGUUCAUCAACUGGCACGAGGUGGAUGCUCACGCUAUUGUCAGUAUCAACGACGAGAUGCGUUUUCAGAUAACUCUACCAAAGCAGCUAGACUUUACCAAGUGCCGGAGACUAGCGGUCAGGGGUCACAAUAUAGUUGGAAUAUAUUCAACAACUUCGGCAGAUGUCAGAGAUUGUAAUGCAUAUGACCCACGUUACAUUGAACCUGCAGUCGUUGUAGAUGCUGUCGGCACAGCGAAAGGACCACGUGUAGGAUAUAGCAUUAGUUUAGAUCAGAACAAUUACUGGGAACACGAUGAUGCUGACUACACCCCCUACAAGAACAUCCUGUCUGCUGUGUGGCCGACUCUACGUCACAGGAACUACACGUGGGCAGUGGUGUCAGGUGACCAGGUGGACCCCUCAUCUCACUACAAGAGAGAGAGUCUGAUGACCGUCACUGACCCCUGUAGCAUGCCAGAUGUAAUCAGGUGUGGACACACAGUCAACGAGUUCCUCAACGUGGAAUUCACACAUGGGGCUCACCUACAGCAUGGCAAAAGAUUUUAUGUGUGCAUACAUGCUGAUGAGAAAAACACUCCAUUCGAGAAGUGGACGUCCCAGCUGACUGAAGUGAACGCCUGCAGUAACGGCAUCACAGUCGACCUCACACCACCAACACCGGGGACAGUGAGCGUUGAGGGACUUAUAGACGGAUCCUUCCAGAUUAGCAGAACAGACGUUGCCAUGAAAUGGUCAGCCUUCACUGAUGUCGAAGAAGAGGGACAUAUAGCCCAUCUGAGUGGCAUUUCAUAUUAUGAGGUAGCGCUAGGAUCUGUUCCUGGUGGGCAGGAUGUCGUCAAGUUCACCAAUGUUGGAUCUGUCGACCACUAUACACUACACAGUCUUCAUCUACACACUGGAAACACAUACUAUGCCUCAGUGAAAGCAACGGAUUUUGUCAACAUGACGACAGUGGCUGUGUCAGACGGUUUCCUUGUGGACUUCACUGCACCAGCCUUGACGGAUCAGCUCGUACAACUAGAGGGACGCUACAUCACAUCACGUGUGGUGCAUAUCUGCUGGACCAACGUGUUCUCGGACGAGGAGAGUGGAAUAAAGGAAUAUGUGGUUUCCAUGGGUACCAGACCUGCGUACGCUGACGUAUCAGCCACUUUUGUCACUGACCAGGAUUGCCUGGACUUCGAUACAUCUAACAACUUGGUGGAUGGUCAUUCAUAUUAUAUUUCUCUGAAGGCCUUCAACGGUGCAGGUCUGUACACACUGUCCUCGUCACGGCCUGUGGUUGUGGACACCACGCCUCCAUCUACUGGCCACGUCUUCGACGGAGUACAGUCAGCUGCCACACCUGAUGACAAAGACAAGGAUUACAUCACCAGUGUCUCAGAGAUGGGGGCCUACUGGGAAGGCUUUGAUGACCCACACUCAAGUGUCGCCAUGUACAAGGUCAAGGUCGGGACUUGCACAGGCUGUGAUGACAAACUGGAGGAGAUAGGGUUUGGAAACACAAAAAACAUCAGCCUUCAGCAUUUACUGCUCUCCCCCGGAGUGAAGUACUUCACCACAGUGACAGCCUGUAACACGGCAGGCCUCUGCAGCAGCUCCUCCACCUCAGACGGUGUCAUCCUGGACAGCUCCCCGCCAGUUACUGGCACAGUGCAAGAUGGCACAGGCGACGUGGACAUACAGUUCCAGGCGGCCAGGACAUUUCUGGGAUGCAAAUGGCGAGGUUUCUACGACCCUGAAUCUGGGUUAGACCACUUUGAAUGGCACGUGGGGAUAACCCCAGGAGGUGACGAGAUUCUCGCAUCCAGGAAUGCUGCUAUGGAGGAGGUCAUCUUCCACAUCCUGUCACGUGACCAACAGCUGCCAGUGGGGCAGAUGAUCUAUACUACUGUCCGAUGUUUCAACAAAGGAGGACUGUAUAUAGAAACGACGUCCAAUGGAGUUAUGAUAGAAAACAGCCCACCCGUUGUUGUGAGCCCACCGACGGCGAGAGAUGGUAUUGCUUCGGUUUUUUCCAACACUACCAUCAGUCGGACAGCUCUGAGUCUACACUGGGAGUUCCAAGACGCUGAUUCCUUCAUAGAGCGUCAAUACCUCUCCUUAUCAUCCCACCAGCUUGGAGAGAUAGACAGUUCUAAUCUGGAGAUUCCAGGUUUUAUUCGGGAAUACACAUACACAAACCUGGACUUGCAUGAUGGAAGUAAAUACAAGGUAAAGGUCACAGCUUGCAACAUGGCUGGCCUCUGUUCAUCAGCAGCUACUGAGGACAUUUUGGUUGACAGCUCUAAACCCAAAACAGGUACCUUCGCCAUAGAAACUGAUCAUGCAGCGAAACUCACACGGCAUCAAUCUGGCUGGAUGACAUGGAACAGGACCAGUCUAAACCUUGCCUGGCUUGGCUUCUCUGAUCUACAUUCUGGAAUAGACCAUUACCUUGUAUCAGUAGGAUCUCAAGUGUACGGAACUGAUUACAAUAAAGGCAGUGUACUAACAAAAGUCUCCCACGAUUCAUCUGGAGUUGCCAAUGGCGACGAGGGAGUCCUCCAGACGUUCAAUGUACCCACCGAGACCCUGCCACCAGAGGGGACUGUGUUUGUAGCCAUCUGGGCUGUGAAUGGGGUUGGCAUACAAAGUGAUGCCUACCACGCUGAACUGCUCCUGGAGGCGGACUCUUCUCUGUGGCUGGUGAGGAGGUGCCAGGCCUACAACUGUGAGGGCCACUGUGUCUGUGCUGUGCAGGGCGGUACCUGUACUGACGAUACAUGUGUGAGAUCUACGACAGGACCCAACACAAUCACUGUCGUAGACACCAUCGAUCUCUUGUUAGCAACUGGUGCUGCUGACGUUGACAUUUCUCCUUUCAACACCUUCAUGGCGGCCACCUGGUCUGUGACAACACCUGGACUGCAAGCAGCACGCUAUGAAUACAGUAUAGGAGAGAGUGAUGAAGAGGAGCCAGGAGGAGUGUUUAAUACAUUGACUGGGAGAGUGUGGUUCGAUGCUGGUCAACAAACAUCAGCUAUUAUAUCAUUGGAAGCAGGCAAGUCUCUGACACCUGGAAUGAAAUACUCCUUCUUUGUGAAAGCGUGGUAUAAUAACGGAACUUUCAACAUAUUUAAAUCCGAUGGCGUCACGUUUGAUACAAGGCCCCCAACAGUUACAAAGAAGUUGGGAAGAAUCGUAAAGGAACUCCGAGGCCUCAAUGAAACAAAAGACACAGACUUCCAGACACAGAACAACACACUUGUCGUCAAGUGGACCGGACACUUCCUACUUGGUCUAAGCAGCAUUCAUCGAUACAGGGUGUACAUCAGCACGCACAGAGGCGGUCACAGUAUCCAUGCUUCGGGGGACCUGGCCACCACCAGCUAUACAGCAACAGGUCUCAGUCUACAUCCAAACACAAUCUACUACUCCAGUGUCCUGGCUUACAACAAGGCUGGUCUGGUCAGCUGGGCCUACUCUGAUGGUGUACAGGUGGACGUUCUGCCUCCAGUGACAGGCAGAGUGAAUGAUGGACCAGAUAUCAACGACAAGGAUUACCACAGUUCUAUAUUUGAAGUAUCCUCCUCCUGGUAUGGCUUCUCCGACACAGAUUCCACAAUCGUCAAGUAUUUGUGGUGUGUGGGGACGGCCAACGACACAACAGACUGCAGUGUGAUGGACUGGCUGGAUACAGGACUACACACUUCCUUCAGUAGAUCGCUUCCAACUCCAUUAUCUAUUGGUACAAGAGUUUGGAGCAAGGUGUAUGCUGUAGAUGCAGUUGGUCAUGCCUCUGAUGUAGCUGUGUCUGAUGGAGUUGUCAUCGACACUUCUCCACCUGAACUUAAGGCUGUGGCAUAUCUUGGAGACAACCUGGUGAAGAACCCAUCAUUCGAGGUAGACGAUAUUACUGGUCGUACCACACGCUGCAACCUUGUCAUACCGACAUCGUGGGAAACUGACACAGCGUCCUGUAUCAAGGUUCUGGCGCCCGAAUCACCUUUAGCUAAAGACGGAUAUAUGUUUGUGUCCAUCAGUGGGAGAAUUCACCAAAGGAUCUCUGGUCUUGAGACUGGGAGGCAGUACAAGCUGACUCUGCAUACUGGAUACCCAGAAACUGUUUCCAACAACCACAGGUCGGUUGAUGCAAUAGUUACAAUAGGCAGUGAAGUCUUCAGCUUUACACUUGACCCUAACCUCUGUAGAGGCACCUGCAUUGCCGGAGAUCACUCAGUCGUCCUCUGGAACAAACACACAUACAGGUUCACAGCCGUAGAUACCAGUGCAGUACUGAACAUAGCGUCAUCGUCCAGGAUGAUGGAGUUUGUGCUGGACCAUGUGAGUGUUCAGACUGUGGACUAUGUUGCUGGUCCGGACAGUGUGGAUACAGAGGAGCAUCUGGUGGUCCACUCUGUGUUCCUGUCUCACUGGUCAUCUCUACAUGCUUCCUGGCACUUUGUGGACCAACAGUCUCCAAUUACACAGUACAAGUGGGCGAUUGGCACAGUUCCGGGUGGCAGUCAGCUACAGAAGUACACGAAUGUAGACCGGCAAACUCAGGCGGUUAUUUCCGGUCUGAAGCUGACCCACAACUCCACUGUUUACAUCACUGUCAUGGCAACGAAUGCUGCUGGACUGACCAGUGUUUCCAGUGGACAUCCUAUUGUUGUAGAUCUGACGCCUCCAAAGUUUAGUUAUAUCAAUGAUGGUCCAGGGUCAGAUGAAGAUCAUCAAAUAUCAAGUGUGGUGAGCGUCAACUGGAAAGUGGCAGAUGAAGAGUCUAGUGUCGACCACUGUGACUGGGCUAUUGGAGGAAGCAAGGGAAGCGAUGACAUCAUGACAUUCCGUAAGGUGCCUUCAGGGCAGUCCACAGCUACGAUGGACAUAAAUGAUGUGUUCAACACUUCGUCAAGAACAGUUUACACAACAGUGCGAUGUUUCAACAAGGCAGGCUUAGUGGUGGCUGCGACGACGGACGGGGUUGAAAUUGUCAGGGAAAAGAGCAAGAUAUCGUUACAAGAGUUUGGUGUCUUGAGUGGGACCCAGAGUGAAUCCAUUUACUCUGAUAGAGGGAUGUGUCAUCAGGAUCGGAACAGAGUCAGACUCCACUGGAGUCAAGCAGACCGACAGCUGCGGUCCACGGUGGUUUCAAUUGAAGGUGAAGGACGUACCUACCAGGGUGAUAUCCCAAACUACUUGGAUUAUACAUACGCGACAUUGGCCGAUGUACACUUGAAGAUUGGUACGUCUUACAACGUCUGCGUCGUUCCUGUUGACAUCUUUGGCACAACUGGAGAAAGAACCACUUCAUACUUUACAGUCCCUGAUCAACCCCCAACUGUAUCUGAUUCUGGACGCAUAUUUUUGACACAAAACAACACAAAGAUCAUGGUGUCGUGGAGAAACAUGUUUAUUUCCCCUUGGAAUGAUCUUGAUUAUGAAGUUCACAUAGGAACAUUGCCUGGAGGAGCCGAUAUUGUUGACAGAACAUUGACAAAGGAGGAAGAGCUUGUCAUGAAACUUAGCUCCAGACAAGUGGAAAGUAUUUACGUCAUGAUAACUGCUAUCGAUGUCUGUGGAGCGUACACUCAUCGUUCACAGAAAUUCAAGGUCAAGCAAGACUAGCUUUUACAUGAUAUAUAUUUGUUUUUUGUUUAAUUUCCUAGUAACUUAAGAGACCUCAUACGGUUUUACGCCACCAAUAAUCAUUUGUAUAAAUCACUUGAAAUAAAAAUAGAAUGUAGUUUAUUUAUUUAACCCGAAGACUGAGCAAACACUGGAAUUUAUGCUUGUAUAAAAUAUAGUACUGCGACACAAAUGUAUAUCAGACACGACGGACAUUUAACAAACAUGAAUUUUAUGUCCAUGUGCUUCAGGUUACUAGAUUGUCUUUAAAUAUGUUGAUCAUGUUAACUUUAUUGUACCUAUGCGUAUACGCUAUGAUAUAUCUCGGAGGUGAAAUAUCUGUACCCGGUACAUGUAUAUUUAAAUAAUACAACGUGAUUCUUAAUAAGUAUAUUCAACAUUCAACAUAUAUACGUCUUUCUUAAUGCCUUUAUAAAUAAAAACAAUUAUCUGUUCUGAUUAUGUGAUAUGUCUUAUUUUUAUCUACGUACAAUUGAUAGACCUUGAAAACUAGAUUCUUUAUCUCACUUGAUGACUGGUGACAUAGUUUGAAUCUUUCAUCAGGGAUAAACAAAAUAUUAUACCAGGAUAAGUCUAGACAAAUAUUGAUGAACAAUUUGCAUAAUAGUAACUUUAAGGCAUUUUGGAGUACAUUAAAGAUAUCAGGUUCGUCUCUUGUGAAGCCUAACAUAUCUAUGGAGGAUCGGUAUGUCUAUUUUGGAAAUAUUUAUAUGGAUCAGGACAAAAAGUAUGUUGAUCAGUAUAUAUAUACCAGGGAGGUGUCCUGUAUCUCGGACGAGUGUACAUCAGCUAUCCUCGACUCACCGAUCACUAUCGAAGACGUGAAUGAGGCAUUAUGUAGUCUAAAGUGUGGAAAGUUGGCGGGUAGUGAUGUGAUAAUCGCAGAAUUUCUUGUACACUCCAGGGAUAUACUGGUUCCAUAUCUUGCUAUUAUGUUCAAUAUUUUGUUUAAUAAGUGUUCGUUUCGAACUUUGUGGUCAGUUGGACUAACUGUCCCUUUACAUGAAAAGGGGGAUCUGAAUACGGCUCCUAAUUAUAGAGGCAUCACCGUGCUUAGUGUUGUCAGUAACGUAUACAUUUCAUUUAUCAAAACUAGAUUAAUAUUUUGGAGCGAUGCUUAUAAUAGGGUGGUUCAGUCGGCUAUUCAACUGUUGAUUAUAUAUUACAUUCAGUCGCUAAUAGAAUUUUAGCAAAACAUAGGUGAAUUAUAUGCUGCUUUUUUUGGUUGACUUCACCAAGGCGUUUGAUCUGGUGAAGCGAUCAAAGUUAUGGUCAUUUUUGCUUCAAAAAAGAAUAUCAACAAAAAUGAUUGGCUGUAUUAGAUCAAUUUAUCACUCUGUAAAGUCAUGGGUAAAAUAUAAUUACUCCUUUUCUGAGAUGUCUGAGUCGCCAAGGUUGUGUCUUGAGUCCUGUUUUAUUUUCAGUAUUUAUAAAUGAACUGGCAGAAAACAACAGAGUUAUCUUGUUAUCCAGGUAUCCAACUACAUCCGGAAUUAACGCAACUGAUUUAACUUUUGUUUGCUGAUGAUGUAAUUCUUUUGUCGAACCCUACUUCUGGUCUUCAAAAACGAAUAAACGGAUAAGAUGAGUAUUGUAAGGAAUAUAAUUAAGUAGUAAAUUUGAACAAAACAUCUUUUGUGGUUGUCUUUAAAUAUGGAUGCAAGGUUUCUAUGCACGAAAAAUGGUAUUUUCAGGGUAACCAAAUGGAGCGCGGAUCUUUAUAUAAAUAUCUGGGAUAAUAUUUGUAGAAAAUUUGUCCUGGAAGAAUCACUAUGACAGUUCUACUCUACAAUCGAAAAAGAUUGUGUUUGGUAUUUUAAAAUCAUUUUCAAAGUUGAAGCCUCUCACACAUGAUGUAUGUUUUAGGAUAUUUGACUCGAAAGUAAUGUCUGUUCUCCUAUACGGAGCUGACAUAUGGGGAUUAGCUUGUAAUAGUAACUCUGAGAAAGAAAAAGUGCAGAUCUUUGCGGGAAAAUAUUUCCUUGUUGUAAGAUUAUCCACACCCAACCAUAUUGUCCAUGGUGAAUGUGGAAGGUAUCCCAUAGGCUUAUAAACGUUGUGUUAAAUACUGGUAUAAGUUGAUGUGUAUGCCAACCUCUCGUUUAAAAAAAUGUUAUAAUUUACUAGUAUUGGAUGCUAUAGCUAGCCACGGAAAAAAUAACUGGGUUUCAAAGUUGAAAUUAUUAAUAUAUAUAUAGUGGGAUUUCGAUUUGUCUGGGAAGAUCAGCCUAUUGGAAGUAUAGAAUCUUUUGUUUCGGAGUUUAUGGCGAGAUCACAAUAUAAAAUGUAUGUACCAGUAGGAUUGGCAUGCCUCCCUAUCUCUAGGCUCUAAAAGGGUUCUCGUACUUCUUAUUUAAACCCAUUUUUGGUGUUGAACAAUAUAUUUGGCUGUAUUACUAUAAACAAGUUUCGUGUGGCUUUGGAAAGGUUAAGAUGUGGCUCACAUCGUCUAAAAAAAGAAACAGGUAGAUACGUGAGAAUGCCAAGAAACCAAACAGUAUGUGAUAUAUGUAGCUGCGGUUAUGUUGAAAGUGAAUACCAUUUUAUAUUGAUAUGUACACGUAGUGCAUAUGAACUCCAACGGCAAUUGCAUGUCCCCAAAAGGUAUUAUAUAUUUCCUUGUUUACACAAAUUUGACAUGUAAAUGUCUGAAAA